AUGAUUGAAGAAGAGCAUAUGCUGCAGAUGAGCGAAUCUGUGACAACCCCUAACAAACAGCGUGGAAAUGACCAGGAUGGAACCCAGGUGGAUAUGGCUGAGCAGCUCUGA